AUGCAAACGGGAUCGGGCGAUGAGUUCACCCUCGUUAACAACGUACUGCGCUACGACAUGGAGGGAGACGUGAUCAAAGUUGGUCACGAUGCAAUAGCUGUCGCGACAGGGUGUGUGUACAACAACGAUGUCCGAUGA